AUGAGAGAAAUGUCUUACUUUCUUGGAAUAGAGAUUCAUCAAGAUCAGCAAGGAAUCUUCAUUUGUCAAAGAAAAUAUGCAAAUGAAAUCUUGAAUAAGUUUAGGAUGGAAAAUUGCAAACAAGUCAACACUCCUUUGGCUCAAAAUGAGAAACUUAUUAAGGAAGAUGGAGCUAACAAAGUUGAUGGUUCUAUUUAUAGAAGCUUGGUUGGUUGUUUAUUGUAUUUGACAGCAACAAGGCCAAACAUCAUGUAUGCUGCAAAUUUACUCUCUAGGUUCAUGCAAAAUUCUAGUGAGUUACAUUUUAAGGCUGCAAAAAGAGUAUUGAGAUAUGUCAAAAAAACUAGUGAACUUGGAAUUUGGUUCAAGAAGAAUGAAAGUUCAAGAUUGGUUGGAUUCACAUACAGUGACUGGGCUGGCUCUGAUGAAGACAUGAAAAGCACUUCAGGUUAUGUGUUUUUCAUUGGAUUAAAUGUGUUCAGCUGGAAUUCAAAGAAACAAGAAACUGUGGCUCAAUCAACAGCAGAAGCAGAGUAUAUAGCUGCUGCAGCUGCUGUUAAUCAAGCAAUUUGA